AUGGCGCCGGCAGAGCCGUCCCCCAGAGAACCUCAUGGCGCUACACUAGAGGGGAUCGGGGAGGAGAUCAGAUCAAUGGCUGCUGCUAUGGCCACAAAAGCAGACCUCCUGGUACACACCACCUCCAUACAAGACGCACUGCGAGCCGAGAUUGCAGGAAUCCGGUCAGAGGUAACUGCCCAUACAGGCCGCAUACAAGACCUGGAGCACUCUCAGGAAACUCAGGCCACAAGGCUGCAGGCGACCGAUACGGCCCUCGCACGCCAAGGGGAAAUGCUACUACACAUGAGGAGGACAAUAGAGGACCUGGACAAUAGGGGGAGGAGAUGCAACAUUAGGGUCCGCGGGGUCCCUGAAUCUGACGGGGAAACUAUUGAAAACACUCUAAACAACCUCUUUGACAUGAUCCUGGGAGCGGAUGCUCCACACACAUUCAGAUAUGAGCGGGCGCACAGGGCACUGCGCCCCAGGUCGUCGGACGACAACCCGAGAGAUAUAAUAUGCUGCCUCAGUUCCUUCCGAAACAUCAUGCCAUCAUGA